UAUUUCUUAUCUUUUAAAUUGAAAACACUUAUUAAUCAAGAAAAUGAUGCAAGAUAUGUGGAAUGCUCCUCCAGGGUUUAGACCCACAAAAUCUGCACCAUCGUCUCCGGCUAAACCACUGGGUACUGGGGUUUUGAGGACUCGAUCUGAGUCGUUUAAUCUAAACGCGGCCCGGUCUGAAUCGUUUAAUUCUAAUAUCAAUCGGGCCGAAUCUUUUCAUGUGACCCAUAAAGUUCCAGUUGGUGAUUCUCCUUAUGUCAGAGCCAAGAAUGUUCAGUUGGUAGAGAAGGAUCCAGAGAAGGCGAUACCGUUGUUUUGGGCGGCGAUUAACGCAGGGGAUCGAGUUGAUAGUGCUUUGAAAGAUAUGGCUAUUGUUAUGAAACAACAAAAUCGGGCCGAAGAAGCCAUAGAAGCGAUCAAGUCUUUAAGAAGACGAUGUUCGGAUCAGGCCCAAGAGUCUCUUGAUAAUAUUCUUUUGGAUCUCUACAAGAGAUGUGGAAGAUUGGAUGAUCAGAUUGGGCUGUUGAGGCACAAAUUGUUUUUGAUUCAACAAGGGAUGGCUUUUAAUGGAAAACGAACAAAAACCGCAAGAUCUCAAGGGAAAAAGUUUCAAGUUUCAGUUGAACAGGAAGCAACUCGACUACUGGGUAAUUUGGGGUGGGCACUUAUGCAACAAAACAACUACAUUGAAGCAGAAGAUGCAUACAGGAGGGCUUUAGUGAUAGCACCAGAUAAUAAUAAAAUGUGCAAUUUGGGUAUUUGUUUGAUGAAACAAGGGAGGCUUGGUGAGGCUAAGGACACUCUUAGGCUAGUCAAACCGGCUGUCAUAGACGGCCCACGAGGGGUCGACUCGCAUCUAAAGGCGUAUGAGAGAGCACAACAAAUGUUAAAGGAUCUUGAAUCUGAGAUGAUGAUAAGUAGUGGUGAUAGGGUUGAACAAAGGAAACUUUUUGACGCGUUUUUGGGUUCUUCUGCUCUUUGGCAGCCACAGCCUUGUAAAGAACAUGUGUCUUUACCGCCUGCAAACCUGACCAAGGCCCAAGAUGGUUAUGCUGAUGAGAAUGUGAACUCGAAUGUUGUAGCAAUGAAACCUGUGAUGGGUCCAAUUGGGAACUCACUUAAUAUCGACGCUAAGCCUUUUUAUGUGGCUGCUAAUGUAGUGAAAGGUUCAGGUGGUAGUGAAAACGUUGCGGAGGGACUUAAGAGAUCACGGUCUGUAAAUGCAGAUGCUUUAGCCGUAGAUGAGGGUAAGGCGGCCGAGGAAGGUGGAAAUAAGACACGCAGGAAGUCCAGUUCACCCGAGAAAGAUGGUGAUUGGAGUAAGUUUUUGCCUGAUAGCAAGGAUUUUGAAGACGCUAUCAUUGCUGCAGUUUUGGGUUCUAGCACUGAACCAGAGAAGAUGAAGUUGGUUCAGAAGAUUGAUGGAGGAAAAUUUGCAGAGAGGAAGAUCGAAAAGAGGCUCAAGGUUUUUCAAGACAUCACAUCAUCUGUUAGUCCAAGAGCUUGAGGAACUCCAAAAUUACUGACUUUUUAGUUCUUUUAAUUCAUUAAUUCAGUCAAGUUAAUUUUAUCAAUUAGGAAGGAGAUAAACUUGUUCUCCCUGGUGUCGUGGCGGUUGCAGUAGAAGGGGUUUGAUUGAUGUAGUUCUGAUGUUUUCGAGUGCAUUUUUGCACCCAACAGGAGCUAAACUUAUUCAUAUUUGCCUUUACAAUAUGUAGGCAAUAGUCUAAAUAAAGAAUAAUAUAGUAUAAGCAAUGCCAAUGUAUCACUUUCUAUUUAUGAUUGCAAAUCAUCAGAAGUGUUUGUGUUUCCCAAA